GCCUCUCUCCCCCUGUCGCCCGUGGCACGCACCUCCGAACAAGAAAACCCCAGUAUACCGAUAAUGGAUUUUACAACUUGAUGAUUCCUCCUUCAGUCGGCUGGUCACAGGAAUAAUAGCAGUCGGUGUACCGACAGGACGAACUGGUAUAUCGCCUCACUGCAGUGCAGCAGUGGUGAACGACCUUAUUCCAAUCACGCAACAGAAGGAAGAGCGCCGGUGAUUUCCGUGGAUUUUGAGUUUUGUGGGUUGCUCUGUGGCAGUCACCGCCGCUGCGGCCGCUGGAAGAUAAGCUAACUAGCUAGCUCUGCUUCCGAAGAAACCCUGAAUUAGCUAGCUACAUGGGCUAAUAUCGGCCAGCCAGUGAGCCAGCACAACAAAUUAAUUCGUGUUUCUCACCUGCCAUGUGACCAUUUUACAUGGUGUUGCUUUUAUUCUUUCGGAUACCCUACCGUGGAUGUCUCGCUGGGAACAUUUUGAAUUGUUUUGCGUGAGUUGGGAAGGUCGAGACCUCGCCGGGAAUAACUUUGGCCUGAAAGUUUGUAGACCCCGGACCUGGUUUCAAAGCUGAAAGGAAACGUCUCAGACACAAAAAGAGAAAGACAGACGACGCAACUGCGUUAUGAAAACGACGCUGGAUGUACAUUUGUUGUAGAUUUCGGCGACAGUCGGGGCUUCCUCAGACGUUAGUUAGCAACCUUACAGGUUAGCAUGUUAGCCACCUAAUUGAACCUUGUCUCGUUCAGUACAACCAUUGCCCAACUUUUCUUCUAGCUAGCCCAAGUAGCUAGCUGACCAAAACGUCACAGCAUCAGGUUGUUAGCUCGCUGGCCACCAUCGACGCUGAUAAAUGCUAAUUGGGAACUGGAUGUUUUCACACCGCGACCGAAGCUGAAGAAGACAUUUGCUUUUUCCUGUUUUGCUGCUUGUUGACAAACAUGGGACGUACGGUUGGUGCUAGCUAGUUUCUAGCUAGCUGGCUAACUCGGCUAGCCGCUGAUGUGGGAUUCAACUUGUUGAUUCACGGGCUAUUUGUCGUACUGCUAGCUGGCUAGCACUGGAUGUCUGUUGGAAAUUUCCCUCUGCCACCAACUGCCCAAGUUUUAAAUGCACAAUAGACACUGAAGAAUCGUUCUUGUUUCACUGCUCCGUUCCCCUUUUUGGCAACCCCAAGUCUUUCAAAAAUGUCAACAAGGACCCCAUUGGUGCAAGUCAUUGAGAAUUCGACUGGACAGGAGUCCAAGUCUGGCCGGUCCAGCAUGCCGCGAUGUCGGAACUCUGUCGCAACGACCACAUCAGAUGAACAGCCACACAUUGGUAACUAUAGGUUGCUCAAAACCAUCGGCAAAGGCAACUUCGCCAAGGUCAAACUGGCACGACACGUCCUCACCGGAAAAGAGGUGGCUGUAAAGAUCAUUGAUAAGACACAGCUCAACUCCUCCAGUUUGCAGAAGCUCUUCCGGGAGGUGAGGAUCAUGAAGAUGUUGAAUCACCCCAACAUAGUCAAGCUCUUUGAGGUGAUAGAGACAGAGAAGACUUUGUACCUGGUAAUGGAGUACGCUAGUGGAGGAGAGGUCUUUGAUUACUUGGUCGCCCAUGGCAGGAUGAAGGAGAAAGAAGCCCGUGCCAAAUUCAGACAGAUUGUGUCAGCGGUGCAGUAUUGCCAUCAGAAGUGUAUAGUACACAGAGACCUCAAGGCGGAGAACCUGCUGCUGGAUGCAGAUAUGAACAUCAAGAUAGCAGACUUUGGCUUCAGUAAUGAGUUUACUCUGGGGAACAAGCUGGACACGUUCUGUGGCUCCCCGCCCUACGCAGCCCCAGAGCUCUUCCAGGGCAAGAAGUAUGACGGGCCUGAGGUGGACGUCUGGAGCCUGGGGGUCAUCCUCUACACACUGGUCAGCGGCUCGCUGCCUUUCGAUGGACAGAACCUCAAGGAACUGAGAGAGCGUGUGCUGCGUGGUAAAUACAGGAUCCCCUUCUACAUGUCUACCGACUGUGAGAACCUGCUCAAGAAGUUCCUCAUCCUGAACCCCUCUAAAAGAGGCAGCCUCGAGCAGAUAAUGAGGGACCGGUGGAUGAAUGUGGGCUACGAGGAGGAAGAACUCAAACCCUACAUUGAACCCCAGCCAGACUAUAAGGACCCCAGGAGGACAGACAUCAUGCUGCAGAUGGGAUUCUCUCAGGAGGAGAUCCAGGACUCGCUGGUGAACCAGAAGUACAAUGAUGUAAUGGCUACAUACCUGCUACUGGACUAUAGGAACUCUGAGCUGGAUGAAGGUUGCAUCAAGCCUCGACCAGGAAGUGAUGUAAGCAACAUAAACGCCCCCUCCCCGCCUCAUAAGGUACAGCGCAGUGUCUCGUCCAACCAGAAGCCUCAGAACCGCAGAACUACCGACCAGGGCUCCUCGUACUCUAAGAGGGGGGGUCAAGCAGACAACCGGACUGCAGGGGAGGAUUCUGGGAGGAAGGGUUCGUCAGGCAGCUCCACUACUAAGGUGCCGGCCAGCCCUCUUGUCUCCUCUGACCGUAAGAAGAGCGCCACGCCCUCCACCAAUAGCAUCCUGUCCACCGGUACUGGUCGCAGUCGGAACUCUCCUCUGACCGAGAGAGCCACGCUGAGCCAGGGCAUCCAGAACGGCAAGGACAGUGCCCCACCUCAACGGGCGCCCGGUGCCUCCCCAUCUGCCCACAACAUCAGCAGCGCUGCCGUGUCAGACCGUACCAACUUCUCUAGAGGGGUGGGCAUCCGCAGCACGUUCCACGCUGGCCAGCAGCGAGGUGCCCGGGACCAGCAAGGCUCCGCCUAUCCUGGCGGGCCUGCUUCCCCAUCACUUUCACACGGCAACAGCCAGGCCCGGAGGACACAUGGCGCCACAGGGAUAUUCAGCAAGUUCACAUCCAAGUUUGUACGCAGGUCCAUGCUGAGCAGUACAGUGGACAAGUCGGAAAAGACAUCCGGUGGCGUUCUCUCCUCCUCUUCCAACAACGAUGAGAACAACUCCUCACCAGGAUCUGGAAACACCGGUGGCACCGGCACCCCUCCGGCCAUCGCCAGCCAGAAGGACUCGGCCAAGCCCCGCUCGCUGCGCUUCACCUGGUCCAUGAAGACCACGUCGUCCAUGGAGCCCAUGGAGAUGAUGCGCGAGAUCCGCAAGGUGCUCGACUCCAACAGCUGCGAGUACGAGCUGCGCGAGCGCUACAUGCUGCUGUGCGUCUCGGGCAACCCGGCGCGCGACGACUUCGUCCAGUGGGAGAUGGAGGUGUGCAAGCUGCCGCGGCUCUCCCUCAACGGCGUGCGCUUCAAGCGGAUCUCGGGCACGUCCAUCGCCUUCAAGAACAUUGCCUCAAAGAUUGCCAACGAGCUCAAACUGUGAGUGCGGAGGAGCAGU